AUGAUUUCGGUGGUGCUUCUCGUUGGGUUUUCCAUCUUGAGUUGGUGUGGAGCUUUACUGGUUAAUGUCUCUUCGGCUCCUAAGGAGUCCCACGUUGAACGCCCUGCGCUUCUAUGCAUAGACGUCCAGUCGCCAUUUUCAGAGUUCACCUAUCGAAACGUGAUGCCUGCGAUAGAAGAUGUGAUCCACAGUUUUCAGAUAUCCGGGUGGCCGAUAUAUUGGAAGUAUUGGUAUUUCGCUGGGUGCGGCACUGCCCAAGGGCGAUUCUUCGGCAAAUACGAGUUUCACAACGAAUGCAAAAGUAUGCAGAUGACUUCGAAUUACAGGAUGGAGGGGAACAGUGCCAUCCAUCCGAACAACACGAAUGACUAUCCAACUUUACGAUCGUAUUUGACGUCCGAGUUUACUGCUUUUCAUCCGGAUCUGAUCCGUGAGCUUAGGCACGAGCAAAUUACGAAAGUGUAUCUCGUUGGAGGUUGGUGGGAGCAUUGUAUCACAGCUACCGCCUUGCACGCGAGAUCUUUGGGGUUCGAUGUUGUGAUUGUGGAUUCUGCUGUUGGCGGUUCUUCGGAGCUGAAUCCGACGGCGAAGCAUUUCUUGGGAAAUCUCAGCUUCAAGUUCGAAGACGUCCCUCAGCUUCCUUCGUACAGGCAACCUUUGGGCAAGACGCCUUUGAGUUUCACAGACCUUGCAGAGUCGUCUCACGAUGAGCUCGUAAUUUCCAGUUUCGAGCUCGCAAAUUCGAAGUCGGAACUUGGGAAUUGGAUUGACGGAUGGUUUAUUGCACAUUGGGAUUUGAGUUCGUUCGGUGCCAAGGUUGCUGGGGAUCUCGUACGGUUUCCAUACAAACGCAAGAUACAGACUAUGACACUUGUCAUUUUCGACGCCUGCAACAGCAUAGGCAAUCCAGAGCACAGUAGUUCAGAUUUGCUCGACCUGUUCGUUCACAAAGGGUCAUCCGUCUACCUCGCUGACACGGAGACCUGCACCAUGCUUACUACCUUGAAGGCGUCUGUUGGAGUUGACGUGAUUCAAGAGCUGACGUCCAGUGAUACCCUCCGUGUGUUGCAACGGCGGAUUUCGAAUAAUGUAGAUAAGCAGUGGAACACAGUUGUGUUGGCUGGGAAUCUCGCAGAUGACUCCAUGAUAGCAUUAUCGUAUUGGCUUUUUGAUCGUGAUUAUGAUGUCUUCUUCGUCCACGAUGCAACAUAUUGGAGGGGGGCUGAUUCCGUCUACUCAUCGGCGCAGAAAACUCAAAUUAUGCAGGUCGUUUGCCAUGCUGUGGCGGCAGUCGGUCUAACAUCUGAUUUGUUGAGUUUGGAGGACACACCCCUCCCGCAAUCAGUAAGCUAUCGAAGACGCGUGCGGCGAAUCACCGUUGCCCCCCCUGCUUUUUGGAAACGCCCAUGCGGCCAAGCGUUGGGCCGACGUCUGGCCAAGCCAUUGGAGCAUGUAUUCUCCCAGCCGCUGUGGAAUUCUUUGGGGAUGCACUUGGAAGAGGAAGAGAAAAGAGGAGGAUAG